GUGGCUAGAGGUGGAGGGCGCGUCAGUGUUGGGGCUGAAGGACCCGCCUCCGCGUGCCGUGUGCAAAAACAAACAGCCGUUAGGGAGGAGGUGCUGGGGGCGGAGUUCUGGUUAGAAAAAGGCUCGCGAUUGGGCAGUAGCUGGGGUUCAAACCAGCAAGGUGGGCGACCAUUGGCCGUAGUGGCUCGAGGCGGGCCCCGGUUAUUGUCCGGUCCGGCGGCGGCGGCGGUCCGAGCUGCGAGAGCGGCUGCGGCGGCGCGGGGCGGCAGCGGGUGGUCGCGCGGCCGAGCGGAGGCAGAGGCGGCCGAGACCAUGGCUGGAGGCAAAGCUGGAAAGGAUAGUGGGAAGGCCAAGGCCAAGGCAGUGUCUCGCUCACAAAGAGCUGGACUACAGUUUCCUGUGGGCCGCAUCCACAGACACUUGAAGACUCGCACCACAAGCCACGGACGGGUGGGUGCCACUGCUGCCGUCUAUAGUGCUGCGAUUCUGGAGUACCUCACUGCUGAGGUGCUGGAGCUGGCAGGUAAUGCUUCCAAGGAUCUUAAAGUAAAGCGUAUCACUCCACGUCACUUGCAGCUUGCAAUACGUGGUGAUGAAGAGUUGGACUCUCUUAUCAAGGCUACCAUCGCUGGGGGUGGUGUGAUCCCUCAUAUCCACAAAUCUCUGAUUGGAAAGAAGGGACAGCAGAAAACUGCUUAGAGGGUUGUUUUAACUAACCCUCUUCCUCCCCGUCAUUGUACUGUAACUGAGACAGAAGAUAACAAUGGGGAUAUGUGGAAUUUUUAAAAACAGUUAAAUGGAAAGGCAUAGACAAUUACUGUAGACAUACUAAAAAAAGAAACAUUUGUAUGUUCUUAGACUCGAAGUUUGAUAAAGUACCUUUUCAUGUGGUGA